AUGGCAGAGUUCAAGGCUCAUCAAGAUCACAGAAUAACAGGGCAAACUCUAGGAAUCAUCAAUGGCAAAGCUUAUGGUGCAAGCAAUGUAUAUGUGAUUCGAUCCAACGAUAACAAUAAUGAUCAUCACCACCAUCAUCAUUGUGAAAAUCCCGGUAGAAGAUAUCAUCAGGUUGUUUCAAAACCAGCUGCGAAGAACACGUUAUCGACGUGUAAGUCUAAGUCAGCCACAAAACCUUGGAUUGAUUAUCGACAGUUUAAGAGAAGAAAGAGGAUUGCAAAAUACAAGUUGUAUGCGUAUGAAGGCAAGGUGAAGAAUUCUUUCAAGAAGGGUAUUCGUUGGAUCAAGCGUAAAUGCAGGAAGAUUGUUCAUGGAUAUUAA